UACUUUAGUAGAAUUUCAUACUAUAUUGACGAGUUUUUCUUUUGUUUUUAUUUUUAAUCCAGUAGGUGGCGCAAUGUACGGCGCGUGCGAGCUGCCUGAACUCAUAGAAGAAGAGAAGAAGAAGAAGAACAGGAAAUGACAAAAGACGAGUGAACUCUGGAUACAGCCCAAAUAUGUCGAGACGCCCUACUUAGGUAGGAACUACUGAGGAAGGAAGCACACUAAAUAGUGCACUAUGUGAAUAAAUUAUCGCUAUUUGGGAUUCGGCCACUGGUUCUGUAGGUGAUGUUGAAGCAGUUAGAAUGGCAAAAUCUGAAGUGAUUUCUGAAGAGUUUGAAAGAUACAUUGUGAAAGAUGCUCCACCGACUGUUUACUACAUUCCAGACUUUAUAACAGAAGCAGAAGAAGAGUAUCUCCUACAGCAGGUGUACAAAGCCCCCAAGCCCAAAUGGACACAGCUGUCAGGAAGGAGACUCCAGAACUGGGGAGGUCUUCCUCAUCCGAAGGGGAUGAUUGCAGAGAAGCUCCCUGAUUGGUUGCUGAGCUACACAGAAAAGAUAUCAGGCCUCGGAGCGUUUGCUGGGAAAAGCGCCAAUCAUGUGCUGGUGAACGAGUACAGGCCAGAGGAAGGCAUCAUGCCUCAUGAGGACGGGCCUCUGUAUCACCCCACAGUAACAACCAUCACUCUGGGUUCUCACACGCUGCUUGACUUCUACAGACCCGUCGAUCAAACACAGACAGAAGUUCCUCAGACAGAGGAGAGCCGCUACAUGCUGUCAUUGUUGCUGCGGCGUCGCAGUUUGCUGAUCCUGCAGGACGAGAUGUACAAGCGCUACCUUCAUGGGAUCAGCAGCGUCGCCAUGGAUACGCUAACAGAGCGUGUGGUGAACCUGUCGGUGGCGGGAGGGCAGGUAGGUGAGACGCUUCCCCGCAGAACCCGAGUUUCCCUCACCAUCCGUCACGUGCCCAAAGUCUGCCGUGCCAACCUGCUGCUCGCCAGGAAGUGACACGAUCACAGAGCCGGAUGAACCAGGAGGCGACACCUGGCCAACUAGGAAGUGACAUGAUCAUGAAGGCUUACAUGCAGGAAGUGACAUGACAAGACUCAUAUUUCAGGAACUGCCCGAAUGUUUAUAAACUUCCUACGAAUUACAUUAAGCUACAAAAUCUGAGUUUCAAAUAAACAAUUUUGAAUGUCACUAGGAGAUUUCUGGUACAGUUCUGCUUCUUUGCUUCAGAUUCAUCCACAAGCUUCAGACUGUCCAGAUUUCAGCUACCUGGCUUCUUACCAACAUCCCAAUCUGAUACAUUUCUACCCCUCUGCUCCAAAAUCAUUACUCCCUCCAUUCCGUUCAUUAUCCUCCUCACGUCUACAGCAAUUAAAGGUGAGGUGUGUCAUUUUUAAAAAUUGUUUCUCAACUUAACGGUAACAGUUUCACAUUUCUCCCUAGAAAAACUGUGAUUCACAACAUUUCCAUGCAGUAAUUUCUUUAUUUCAGGCUUCUGUUGACAUUCUCUUAACAUUUUUCUGGCCCAGCAAUUAGCUCCGCCCCCAGCUGGAACAGAACGGCUCACUUUUACACACUUUUUUGAAUUCAGAAGAUGAUUCACAGAGCUUACGCACUUUCAAUGUGUUUUUAUUGCAAGACAGCAGAGGACAUUAGAUAAAUAUUACAAAUUGCUCCUUUAAUAAUCUCGCUGUAUUUCCGACUUCUUCCUUCUUUAAGAUCUUCCUCUUCUGUCCUGCUCACCAUCCCUCAAAUAACCUUUGCUGUCAGGACCUUCCUUCCUCUAACACUCCGUCAUUCUCUUUCACUAUCUGUCUUUAAAGCACAUCUACAAAACACUCGUCUGCUCUCUCUGGCCUUUAACGUUCACGGCUCUUCUUUGCAUUUCUCAUUUGCAUUAACCACUUUAAUGGUCAGCGUGUCGUCGUCUACUUUCUCUCGCUUCUCAAGCAUCAUAAUCGCCUUGGAGUUUUUGAAAAGAGCAAGCCAUAUAAAAUGUGUUGUUGUUAUUAUUAUUAUUAUUAUUAUUAUUAUUAUUAUUAUUAUUACUACAACGGCAAGAAGAAAACUGACUUUUUUUGACCGUCACAUGCGUGUAAUUGUUAUAAUCGAUUGUCGCUAUUUGAGAUAUCAGCACAUGAUCUGUGAGAAUGAUUGUGAACUUGUAGGUGAAUUUAUUUUACAUGCACUUAUUAAAGAAAAUUGCACAACUGCA